UGAUUAGCAGCUGGUGAAAUUAUAACGAAUCUCUUUACAAUGUAUUUCUUAAUAUUUGUACUAGUUUCAUCUGAGGUAAUACUACAAUAUAUGUUGUAGAGUACGUAAUAAUUCGAAUUGAAAUAUUUUUGUAGCUUAAAACCGGCUUUCUAAAGAUUAUUGUGAGUUCAGUGGUCUUGGAGAUGCUGUAUUAAACUAGUUCGUGACCGUAUAUCGCGGUGUUGUACGUAUGAUCAGGUAUUGUGUGAAAAAAACACGCAUUAAUUACUGAUUAAUGACUGAAAUCACAAAAAAAUUGACUUACAGUGGGUAGAACGUGGACAUUUGAACAACAUUUUAUCAUUUUUAUCAAAAAUCAUUUAUGGUAAUCGUGAAAAAUACGUAAAAAAGUUGUGACUCCCGAAUAUUAAAAUCAUAUUAGAUAUUUAUCGAAAAUAAUGGUUUUGUAGUUCGCAAAUAGUACAAUAGAGUAUACUGAGUGAUUACCAGGUGUUGUUAAGUGAAUUUGUCUACGAAAAAAUAGCGGAAUAUUCAAUUUUUUCUUUAUGUAACAGAAUGAAGUAGCCGACAUUUUCGCAAGUCCGCCAACCAGGGCUGGACGUCGCCUCUACCAACGUCCGCCAUGGGUUUAACGAGGCACAUUCUCCUUCUUUUGUUAGCUGCUUUUUCCUACUACCAUCACCGGACUAAUGCUGAACAAGUUGUUGUUUUGGACACGACGGGUGAGGCCUCACUCGAUUGGACGCGGUACCCAUAUGGACCCCAGGCAAACACUCCAGGGUGGGUAGAGGAAUCUUUUACGAAUUUUCAAAAAGGCAUCAAUUGGAGAUCAUAUGUCGUAUGCGAUGUGGCUUACAACAACGUUAACAACUGGUUGUGGACGCCGUUUAUAGACAGGAAUGUGUCUAACCGAAUGUACAUUGAAAUUAAAUUCACUAUAAGGGAUUGCAGUCUUUUUCCUGGAAAUGCAUUGUCCUGUAAAGAAACUUUCAGUUUGCUUUACUAUGAAUUUGAUGCAGUUACUAGAGAACCGCCUCCGUGGGACGCCGAAAGAUAUAAAUUGAUAAGUCGGAUUGCUGCCGGAGAAGGAAGAUUUAAUGCAAAUAGUGAAGUUAAUAUUAAUACUGAAGUAAAAAGUAUCCCUGUGACAAAAAAAGGUGUUUAUUUCGCUUUUAGAGACCAAGGGGCAUGCAUCUCUUUAUUAGCUAUAAAGAUUUAUUAUAUUGUUUGUCCGGAGAUGACGGUAAACUUCGCCAGAUUUCCAUCUACUCCUACUGGUAAGGAGAUUACACUUAUAGAGCAAGCGACCGGAACUUGUGUAAGCAACGCUGAAGUAGUAGGUGGUACUCCCACUUAUUUAUGUAAAGGGGAUGGUAAAUGGACAUUGCCCACUGGGGGAUGCAAAUGUAAAGCUGGUUUCCAACCUGAUAUGGAUAAACAAACCUGUAACGUGUGUCAACAAGAAACUUACAAGGCUGAAACUGGUGAUGGUCCAUGUCUUCCAUGUCCACCGUUUUCACAAGGACCAGAUUAUGCUUUAACGGAAUGCAGAUGCAUUUCAGGAUAUUUUCGAGCACCGACUGAUCCUAAAAAUAUGUCUUGUACACAACCACCGUCUGCACCACAGAAUCUAACAGUUAGCUUCGUCGAUCAAUCUACAGUUAUCUUAAGUUGGUUACCUCCAGGAAAUCUCGGCGGAAGACUAGACACUGUAUACAGAAUAAAAUGCGAUGCCUGCAGUUUAGGUUUGGUUCAGUAUAAUCCAAGUAUGGAAAACUUCAACGAAACCCGCAUCACUAUCAGCGGUCUCAACGCGGUAACCACAUACCGCUUUCAAAUUUUCGCAGAAAACGGAGUGUCACAUAUGGCUGUGAGGGAAUCUCCUGAAUAUGCCGAUAUUGUGGUCACCACGGAAGCAUCCGUUGCCAGUAGUAUUACCAAUAUCAGGGUAACUUCUGUUAAAAGUACAGAUAUUACAUUGGCUUGGGACGCUCCAACUUCCAGCGACGGUUCAGAUAUUGAAAAUGAUUUAGUAGAAGCAUAUGAAGUGCGUUGGUUUCAACGAAACGACAUCGACUACAGCAAUAACAGUUUGCUGACUUCUGAUUUAUCAGCUACUAUUACGGGUCUACAACAGAGAACUGAAUAUGGGCUGCAGGUUAGAGCUAAAACACAAAGAGGAUGGGGAGCAUACUCUCCUGUCAUAUUCAAAACUACAGGUCAAAUGCUGAAUCCAGCAUAUAUUGGUGACGAAGAAGGUCUAAGAUUGCAAUUGGUAGCUGGAGGAAUAGUAGCUGUUGUAGUAAUUCUGGUUGCAGUCAUAGUUUUGACGGUGGUUUUCCUCAGAUCUAGAUCUAACGAUGAAUGUAACAAAAAACAACCAAGCGAUUGUGAUACUUUGGAAUAUCGCAAUGGAGAAGUGACGACGCCAUUGUUCACUGGAAUCAGUGGUUCAUCAAGAACUUACAUUGAUCCACAUACAUACGAAGAUCCCAAUCAGGCAGUACGGGAAUUUGCUAGAGAAAUAGAUGCUAGCUGCAUUACGAUUGAGGCAAUUAUAGGAGGAGGAGAGUUCGGAGACGUAUGUAGGGGCAAACUGAAAAUGAGCAAUGUAGAUAUCGACGUAGCCAUAAAAACUCUAAAGGCUGGUUCAUUGGACAAGUCUCGCAACGAUUUUCUUACAGAAGCUUCUAUAAUGGGACAGUUUGAACACCCAAACGUUAUAUUUUUACAAGGAGUUGUUACAAAAUCUAAUCCAGUCAUGAUCAUCACAGAAUAUAUGGAAAAUGGGUCACUUGAUACCUUCCUAAGGGCAAACGAUGGAAAGUUCCAAGUGAUUCAGCUAACAGGUAUGCUAAGAGGUAUUGCUUCGGGUAUGCAAUAUCUAAGUGAAAUGAACUACGUCCAUCGCGACUUAGCAGCGAGAAACGUAUUGGUAAAUUCGCAAUUAGUAUGUAAGAUAGCAGAUUUCGGCCUUAGUCGAGAAAUUGAAAGUGCCACAGAAGGAGCUUAUACUACUAGGGGAGGAAAAAUUCCCGUUCGGUGGACUGCUCCUGAAGCAAUUGCAUUUCGCAAAUUUACGUCUGCCAGUGACGUAUGGUCUAUGGGUAUAGUUUGUUGGGAAGUUAUGUCCUAUGGGGAGCGACCAUAUUGGAAUUGGUCGAAUCAAGAUGUAAUUAAGAGCAUUGAAAAGGGAUACAGAUUGCCAGCGCCAAUGGAUUGUCCAGAAGCUAUUUACCAAUUAAUGCUAGAUUGUUGGCAGAAGGAGAGGACACACAGGCCUACUUUCCAAUCGAUUGUAAAAACUUUAGAUAAAUUAAUUCGAGUCCCCGAUACCCUAAGGAAAAUUGCUCAGAACCGAUCCAAUAAUCCCUUAUCUGCCGAUGCCCCUGACCUCACAAACUUCACAUGCAUCGAAGAAUGGCUCAAUUCAAUAAAGAUGACACGUUAUUUCGAAAAUUUUCACUCUGGUGGUAUCAACACGAUGGAUGCCGUUGUUAAUCUUACAGUAAAAGAUUUGACAGAAUUAGGCAUCACUCUCGUAGGCCAUCAAAAAAAAAUCAUGAAUAGCGUCCAAAGUAUAAGGGCGCAAAUACGGGUGAAUGGCAAUGAAGGUUUUCUAGUUUAAUGGUUUUUAGAUUCGCUGGAACGGCUGAACGUACCAGAAAUUUUCGACGGUGAUAGAAAUUAUUAUAUUUUUUGAAUCACCUAAAUCAGCUUUAAUUUUAAAUCGAAAUAUUUGAAUAAACAUCUGCAAAUAAAAUGUUUAAAUUGUUACUCAGACAUCAUCGAAAAUUGAAGGUGUGGGUAAAGUGCGGGUUGAAGAUUGGACUAAGAAAAGACGUAUUAGUGAGUAAAAUCAGAACAGUUUAGAGAAAUACAUUGUGUCAAAGUAUCAUAGAACACCAAACAAUAUUUUGUGAAACCGAACCUUUUAAUAAGAAGUGACUUUUUAUAAAUAUAUAUAGUAUCUAUAACUGGCAGCUUGGCUUUAUUUAUUCGAAUAUAAAUCAAAAGAGUAUAAUGUGUUUUUGACGAAGAACUCUAAUGCAUUUUUUACCUUUUUUAUGUUGAGAUUUCUUUUUAAUUGUGAUUUUGUUUUAAAUUGAUAAUGAGGGUUAAUGCAUAAUGGAAAAUUAUGAAAAAAUCAAAAAUACACAUUUAGUUAAUUCCAACAAUUUGAAUUUUUAAUUAUAUAAUUUAUAUUAAAUAAUAAAAUUUCAUUGUAUGGGAAACUAAAUACUCAAACUCAAAAUCUUGAAGGUUAAUGAAAAUAUGCUUUAACUUAAAUCCAGAUUUUCAUACACUUUUCUUAUUGUAAAUUAAUAAAUUAUUUUCAAAUGUAUAAUUUUCUCUUAUAUAUUGACUUAACCUGUACAUGGGGAUUACUUAAAAUCUUAUUUUUUUAUUUACUUUAUUGUAUAUUCUUUACAUUACAUUAUUAUUUAUUAUUGCCAUAUAACUAUUUAUAAAUGAGUACUGCAAAAUGCAAAUAUGAAAUCAGUGCUACUUUUCCCUUCCUUUUGAUUAAAUAAAGGAUAAAACACCAAGAGAAAAUCUUUUAUAGCCAAAUAUAAUCAAAAUAAUGUUAUUUUUUCACAUAUCAAGUUAAAUGUUAUAAAAUAUUUAUUCAGCUUUCGUUUUAAAUUAAAGGAAAAUGCAAAAAUUACAAAGUACAAUGAUUUUUGUGAAAAUUAUUUGAAAGAGUUUAGCAAAUAAUAGGACAGAUUGCAGUGAACAUAUUUUAAUGUCUUCCUAACCAGUAAUUAUAAAAAAUUAUACUAAAAGUUAAUUACUACAUAUUACUUUUCGUUAUUAAAAUUUUAGGGUUUAGGGACACAAAUGCAUGAUAUGAUCCUCCUAAUAUACCACUGAUUAGUUGAAGGGUACCAAAAAGUUAUAUUUGGAACUUUUUACAAUGUUUUCUCAUAAUUUUUACUUUUAUUAUAUAAUAGAAUUCUUGAUAAAAAUAAAUCAAUCACACUUUUGAUUAAUGAAAACCAAAAAGUUGAUGACUUUUUUCAUCCAAGAGUAGAUACAGCUUAAUACUCAAUCUAUUUAUUAUUUGGUCUCGUCUUAAGUAUAUAUUAUUUGCUCAAAUAUGGUCAAAUAGAAGUAAAUUGUAGUCUUGUAAUAACGUCCAAACUAAUAAUUUGUGCAAAAAUAUUAUUGUGAUAAUAUUUUCUGUCAGAUUCCAUGGUUAAAUUUUUGUUAUUUAGAAUUUUUACGCAGAUCCAAAUAUGGUUUACUAAUUAUACAGGAUAUCCAGACAAUCUUCUGCUAAUUGCAAAAUCUAGAUCAUAGAUGAGGUUUGAUGUCCAUCUAAUCCAUCAUACAAAAAUUUCUCAUAAGGUUAUCCCAUAAAUCCUCUACCCAUAAACGGUUCUUUUAUUGUCAUAAACGCUCAAUUUUAGAAGGGCAACAGGUUACGCUAAUUUCAAUAGAUUAAGUUUUCAUGUGAAUGUGUAUAAUAGUGAAUUCACAUAUUAUCAUAUUUUUUCUUCAUAGUUUUCUAAUUUAUGAUAAAGUAUGUCAAGCAGAUACAUAAAAAGUUUCACCUUAUUCACCUAUUGCAUCUAGUUGAACGCUUUUGACAAUAAAAAAACGCGUGCUAUAGCAAACAAUUUAUCGCUGUGGGCUUAUACUAUAUAUUAAAUUUGUGCUUUGUAAGUAACAGUUUUUUAAACUGCUUGGACAAAGGUAAACCAGGUUUGAUGGGCAUGAAAUCGCAUCGAGUUUUCUUAUGGCAGGAGAUUUUCUGGACAUCUUGCAUUUUUAUAAUAAAAUAUCACAUUGUUAACUGGUGAGUUUUACAAAUUAAUGAUUUAUAUUCACUGCAAUUUGUUCCAUAUUUUUGUUCUGAAAAAUGUUUUCAUUAUACUAAAAUUUUAAAAUUAGGUAGAUUCAAUGUAAAAUUUGUCCGUAGAGUAAAUCCUAUAUAAAGACUGUUUGUCUAAAUAAUUCUAAAUAUACAUUAAUCUAAAAUGAUAGCAAUAAUUCAGUGUUUUCAAAUGCUAAUUUUAUUUUAAUUGGGAUGUUAGAUACAUUUUUCAUGUAUGUAAUAUACUUUACUACAAGAACCAUUAAUGAAUUUUUCUCUGAACAGCAACAGUUUUUAUAAAUUAUUUACUUACCAAAUUUUUUCGAAUACAUUUCUCAAAAUUGGUUCAAUACAACCAAAUGAAUUUUUUAAUGUCUUUUAAAUCAAUUAAUAGCUUUCAAAAUUUUAUAGUAAGUAUAAUUCAACAAAUGAGGGAUUUUGUUAAAUGCUUGAUUUCCAAAAACAAAAAAUUCUAAGUUAUCUGAUCUUGUUCCUCAUUUAAUAGUAUAAUUAUAUUUAAAAAAAAAUUGGAGUUGUUUAUUAAGAUCUUUUGGUAAAUAAAGAUAAUCCGUAGUUUUCUUCACUAAAACUUAAUACUACAGAGGUAU